AUGAUGAUGAUGAUGAUGAUGAUGAUGAUGAUGAUGAUGAUGAUGAUGAUGAUGAUGAUGAUGAUGAUGAUGAUGAUGAUGAUGAUGAUGAUGAUGAUGAUGAUGAUGAUGAUGAUGAUGAUGAUGAUGAUGAUGAUGAUGAUGAUGAUGAUGAUGAUGAUGAUGAUGAUGAUGAUGAUGAUGAUGAUGAUGAUGAUGAUGAUGAUGAUGAUGAUGAUGAUGAUGAUGAUGAUGAUGAUGAUGAUGAUGAUGAUGAUGAUGAUGAUGAUGAUGAUGAUGAUGAUGAUGAUGAUGAUGAUGAUGAUGAUGAUGAUGAUGAUGAUGAUGAUGAUGAUGAUGAUGAUGAUGAUGAUGAUGAUGAUGAUGAUGAUGAUGAUGAUGAUGAUGAUGAUGAUGAUGAUGAUGAUGAUGAUGAUGAUGAUGAUGAUGAUGAUGAUGAUGAUGAUGAUGAUGAUGAUGAUGAUGAUGAUGAUGAUGAUGAUGAUGAUGAUGAUGAUGAUGAUGAUGAUGAUGAUGAUGAUGAUGAUGAUGAUGAUGAUGAUGAUGAUGAUGAUGAUGAUGAUGAUGAUGAUGAUGAUGAUGAUGAUGAUGAUGAUGAUGAUGAUGAUGAUGAUGAUGAUGAUGAUGAUGAUGAUGAUGAUGAUGAUGAUGAUGAUGAUGAUGAUGAUGAUGAUGAUGAUGAUGAUGAUGAUGAUGAUGAUGAUGAUGAUGAUGAUGAUGAUGAUGAUGAUGAUGAUGAUGAUGAUGAUGAUGAUGAUGAUGAUGAUGAUGAUGAUGAUGAUGAUGAUGAUGAUGAUGAUGAUGAUGAUGAUGAUGCAUUUACAUAUGUUCAUUUCGUACAAGGUUUUCUAUAUUCUCUUGGUAAUCGUGUUACUUGUUAUUCAUUCUAUAAUAUUUGAUACUUUUGUUCAAAUAUUUAUUCAUUUAACACUGAAAUAA